UACAGCACACUCUGCUGGCUGCUGUUGAAAGUUAAUACCAAGCAUGGACGACAUGCUAAAAAGAAACGUGUUUUUUUGACACAGCAGAAGAGUCCACGCAGGCGCAGUGCGGCGGCGGCUCGGCGAGGGGAAGGGCGAGUCGCCGCUGCCGGAGCGGGGGGGAUUCGCGGGGCUCCGCGGCUCCGCCGCCGCCAUGGCGGGCGCGGCCGCGGCCCCGGCCCCAGAAGAGGACGCUUCAGCCGCGGCGAGCGAUCGGCCGCCCCUCUCGGCGGCAGUGCUGGCGAAGAUCGAGCGGAACCGGCAGCGGGCGCUGGCACUGCGGCAGGCGCGGCUGGCGGCCCGGCCCUACCCUGCCGCAGGCGGCGUGCGGGCGCGGGCCCCCCCCAAGGUCGUGGACACGGGAGGGGGCUUCUUCCUGGAGGAGGAGGAGGAGGAGGAAGAGCCCGGCGCCGCCGAGAAAAUCGUGCAUCCGCCCGCACCUGUACUAGAAUUUGACUAUCUCAUCUGUGGAGACUGUGGCAAAGAAUUCAUGGAUUCCUACCUUAUGCAGCACUUUGAUUGGGCAACAUGUGAUAAUUGCAGAGAUGCUGAAGAAAAACAUAAGCUUAUAACAAGGACAGAAGCAAAAGAAGAGUAUCUUCUUAAAGACUGUGACUUAGACAAGAGGGAGCCAGUGCUCAGAUUCAUUGUGAAGAAAAACCCUCAUAACUCACGAUGGGGUGACAUGAAACUUUAUUUAAAGCUACAGGUAAUCAAGCGUUCUCUCGAAGUCUGGGGUAGUGAAGAAGCAUUGCAAGAAGCAAGGGAACUCCGCCGUGACAACAGAGAGAAGAUGAAGCAGAAGAAGUUUAAUAAGAAAGUUAAAGAACUCCGCCAUGCCGUGAGGAGUAGUUUGUGGAAGAGAGAAACUCGUAUCCACGAACAUGAGUAUGGACCAGAAGAAAAUAUUGAUGAAGACACAUAUAAAAAGACAUGUACUGUGUGUGGCCAUGAAUUAACUUAUGAGAAGAUGUAGUGAUUUUUUUUUUUUAAUUUCUUUAUCAUCUUUUUAAUGGCAUUUUGUAUUAAAGUCAAAUAAAUGCUGAUCAUGAACAAGCUGUUGCCAAA